CGCGGCCACGUUCCCGCCCGGGCGGAGGCGCGGGGGCCGGAGCCCGGAUCGCCCCAGGCCGCGGGCGCAGCCCACCGCGCGGACCGCCCUCCCGGGCUUCGGCGCGCCCGUCGGCGCGGAGGUGAGCGCGGGCCCCGCGGGCUCUGGAGGAGGCGGCCCCUGGGAGGGCGUGGCCAGCGGGGACGUGGCGGGGCAGCCCCACUGCGCGGACCCGGAGACUGAGGUUCCCCGCGAGGCGACCGCCGUUUUAGGGCGGUGGCGGGUCAGGGGUCCACCCGGUGGCCCCAGGCCGGUGGGUCCGGCGCCCCAGCCCGUCCAGCUCCUCUAACAAAAAGACCGGCGAGACGCGGUGCACCGACUCCCCGCCGGCUCCGCGGUCGGGGCCUCGCACCCCUCCCCAGGCUCGCGGCGGGGGCGGGAGCCCUGCUCCUCCUGCUCCGGAGCCCCUCUCCGCGCCCCGGUGCCGGGCGGACACAAGGCGCGGCCGGGGCAGACCUCAGUGCCCUAGGAACCACACAGUCGAAGGGCUGAGCCGUGGCGUGUGGCCAGACAAGCCAAGCCCCUACCCUCUUGCUGCGAGCUCUGCUGUUCUUAUGGGAGCCAUGAAGCUGAACGAGAGGAGUGUAGCCCACUAUGCACUGAGCGACUCCCCAGCAGACCAUACGGGCUUUCUGCGCACUUGGGGCGGGGCAGGGACUCCCCCCACUCCCAGUGGCACUGGCCGGAGGUGCUGGUUUGUUCUCAAAGGCAACCUGCUGUUCUCCUUUGAGAGCCGAGAGAGCAGGGCCCCGCUGAGCCUGGUGGUGCUGGAGGGCUGCACGGUGGAGCUGGCCGAGGCUCCAAUGUCUGAGGAGUUUGCCUUCGCCAUCCGUUUCGACGCCCCUGGUGUGCGCCCACACCUGCUCGCGGCAGAUGGGCCCGCGGCCCAGGAGGCCUGGGUGAAGGCACUGUCCAGGGCCAGCUUUGGCUACAUGCGCCUGGUGGUGCGCGAGCUGGAGAGCCAGUUGCGAGAUGCCCGCCACAGUCUGGCCUUGCCUCGCCACUCAUCCUGGAAGGCCAUUACCAGCCGCUAUAAGCCCCAGGCUCCUGACCAUCGGCCUCCGGGCCUGGAAAACGGCCACUCCCUCUCCAAGGAUUGCAGCCCUGUGGACUUGGGUGAAGAAAGGGGCAGCAGGCCAGCAGGGCAGGGCUUGGCGGAGUUGCAGGGCCCUGCCAGCCUCUUCCUGGGCAGGAGGCAGAGCCCCCUGUUCCCUGAGACCUUCUACUUCUCUGCCUUGCACAAUUGGUAUGGCCAGGAGAUCUCGGAGCUGAGGCAGAGGUGGAUGCAGAGGGCCCGGGGGAGCCGGCCAGAACGUGAGAGACAGGAUGGGCACUGAGCCUCGGCUCUUUGGGUUCUGCCCUUGUCCUGCUGGUCAGGACACCAGAGCCAGUGCUUCUCCAGGAAUUUAAUGUUUAUUUGUUUUAAAGAG